AUGUCACUAGUUUAUAACAAGACCCCAUUGCUCCGCCAGUUUUUCCCGGGCAAAAAUCUACCUCAACUUUUUUUGAAGUAUGAAUGUUUGCAACCAAGUGGGUCGUUCAAAAGCAGAGGUAUUGGGAAUUUGAUUUUGAAGAAUGCGAUGAGGAUUCAAAAAAUCGGUGAAAGACGCGCCCACGUUUUUGCGAGUUCCGGUGGGAAUGCUGGGUUUGCCGCAGCGACAGCGUGUCAGAGAUUGUCCCUUCCAUGCACCGUGGUUGUUCCAACUGCUACCAAGACUCGAAUGGUGGAAAAGAUUCGCAACACGGGCGCUAAAGUGAUAGUCAAUGGUGCCCAUUGGAAGGAGGCCGACCAACAUCUCAAAAAAACAGUUAUGAGCCAAAUUGAUUUGAAGACUACGGAACCCAUUUACGUUCACCCCUUCGAUAAUCCAGAUAUUUGGGAAGGCCACGCCACUUUGGUAGAUGAAAUUAUGGAAACUUUGAACUCACAGAAAAUCCAAACUGAAAAUGUGAAAGGUAUUGUGUGUAGUGUUGGAGGCGGAGGUCUUUACAACGGUAUAAUGCAAGGGUUAGAGAAACAUGGCCUUGCGGAAAAGAUCCCCAUUGUAGGCGUUGAAACUAGGGGUUGCCAUGUUCUUAACACUUCGCUGAAUUUGAAUAAACAGAUCGAAUUUGAAAAAAUCACUAGUAUCGCAACGUCAUUAGGUACUGCCAGCAUCUCCAAACAAACAUUCGAGCUUGCUAAAAAGUACAAUACUCGCUCUGUUGUGGUAGACGAUUCCAAGGUCAUAGAAACGUGCUUAAAAUACACGAGGGACUUCAACAUGGUGGCAGAACCCGCCUGUGGGGCUGCGCUUCAUUUGGCUUACAAUGUAGACAUAUUGGAAAAAGCAUUGGGCCAUAGCCUAACUCCCAACGAUGUAAUCCUUGUCAUUGCUUGCGGAGGGUCCUCUAACACUUUGAAAGAUCUCGAAGACACCUUGGUCACACUAAAUAGCAAGUCAAUUCCAUCACCUCCUGAGUACUGGAUCCCAUCACAGGUGUUGAAAAAAACUCAUAUAAAACAAUUAUAG